AUGGCUUUAAAUGGUAUAAAAGUUGUAGAAAUGUUGGGACUGGCUCCCGGCCCUUUUUGUGGAACUGUAUUAGCUGAUUUUGGUGCAACUGUCACAGUUGUACAAAAGAUUGAAGUCACAACGUUGGAUGUUUUGUCGAAUGGGAAAAAAUCUAUUUCUUUGAACUUGAAAUGUCCAAAAGGUAAACAAGUGUUUAAAAAAUUAAUGGACUCUUCUGAUGUCAUAAUUGAUACAUAUCGACCAGGUGUUUUAGAAAAAUUGGGUCUCGGCCCGCAAGACCUAAUGAAAACAAAUCCAAAAUUAAUAUAUGCAAGACUUACAGGAUUUGGUCAAACAGGAUUAUACAAGGAUAAAGCUGGUCAUGAUUUGAAUUUUAUUGCCAUGUCAGGUGUCCUCUCAAUGCUUCGUAAAGAUGGACAGCCACCGAGAGCUCCGGUAAAUAUACUUGGAGAUUUCGCUGGUGGUAGCCUUGUAUGUGCUCUUGGUAUAGUUUUAGCACUGUUUGAGAGAACAAAAUCAGGAAAAGGACAAGUUAUUGAUGCUAGUAUGACAGAAGGAGCUGCAUAUGUAGCAAAUUGGAUUUUUAGAUCAAAAUAUCUGCCAAUUUGGAUGGAGGAACCAGGAACCAGCGUUUUGGAUGGUGGAUAUCCCAAUUACAAUACUUAUAAGACCAAGGAUAACAAAUUUAUGGCAGUAGGAGCUUUGGAAGAAAAGUUUCAAUCAAUGUUCUUAAAAGGACUUAAUAUUUCAGAAGAAGAAUUUUUAGUAUGGGAAAAAAAUGAAUGUGACGAGAAAUUAAAAGAAAUAUUUUUAACUAAGACGCAACAAGAGUGGUGCAACAUUUUCAAAGAUUUGGAUGCCUGCGUCACUCCUGUAUUAGAUCAAGAAAAUGUAAAAGACCAUGAACUGCAUCUCUCUAGAAAGUCAUUCUAUGUAGAUGAAAAUAAUUUAGUAUCCCCCGAACCGGCUCCUAGAUUAUCAAGAACACCAGGUUUAGCCAGCGGUAAGCUGCCAUCGGUAAAACCGGGUCAACAUACAAUAGAAAUAAUGACAUCAUUAGGAUAUAAAAAACCAGAAAUACAAGAACUUAUUAACAACAAUAGCAUUUAUGCCCAUAAAAAAUCGAAUUUAUAA